AUGUGAGAAGUAUUUGCUGAAUUUGACAUCGGAAUUAUUUAUGUAAAUCUUUUACUUCUGGAAGGAGAAUGUACGAUGCUGUCUUUCAGAUCUUUCAAAGCAGCAGUUCUUUGGAGCUAACCAUUGCAAGUUUCCAUCUCUUAAUGGAGCUGGGCAAGCAAUAUCCAAGAGUAUAUUUGACAAAUUUUGGUUCCCAUCCAACUCUAGUUAUAGUUAAAGAGUCAUGGUCACCAUUUCUCCUUGGCAACAAUGUAGCUUCUGGUGAGAUUGGGAGAAACACCAGUCGCUCAGAUCAUCUCUUUGAUUCUUUGAGAUUUUCUUUGUUGACCGAGGCUAUGGUUGAAGCAUCGAAUGACACAGGUGCUAAUAGUGGGCUUAAGCAUAUAGAGAACAUGGUGCUGUUCCAAUAUCUCGUUCGCACACUUGAGGCUGAUUUUAUACCUCGUCAUAUUGCAUAUAAAGAGUCAUUAGACUGGGUGAUCGUCAGGGAAUCUGUUUUAAACGUGCUUCUGGGAUCGCGAAAACUGGUAUUCAAAAUGUUUGUCAAGAACUGCAUAUCACUUCUGAACCAACAUCAGCGUGAAAUUGAAGAUGACAUAUCUUCUAAAUCAGCAUCUGAUUUAGAUUCUUCCUUAACCUUUUCAUUGCUUGAGUUUGAAAGAGAAGCGCUUAUAUCCGUGAAAAAACUUUUCAUUAUGGUUAUAAACCUUGACUUGAUUAGGAAAGAAGCAGACAAAUUGGGCCUGACUUCAAGGGCUGAUGGCCUCAGGAAUCCUAUCCUGGAAGUUAUUCUAGAGGAGCUAACUUACAACACAAUCUACUUAUCCCCAUUUCUUUUGGUAACUGCAAACCACUGCAUCCUUCUGGCCUCUUACUCAUUUUUCAUGGAUAUCUUAAUGUUACCAUAAUGUUGAACUUGCACG